CGUCGUCAUGUGACAGUGAGCCUGGGCACCGUCAUGGCUGCAGCACCAGAAUCUGUCUAUUGGCUGGGUAAUGACACCCUGAGAGUGUCUGCGGCUUUGUUUGCUGAGAACCGUCGACGGCUCUGUGCAGGGCUGAAAGCCACGGAUGGAGUGGAGCCAAAGUCAGUGGUGGUGCUGCAGGGAGGCGAGGAGACACGACGCUACUGCACGGACACAGAUGUUGCUUUCAGACAGGAGUCUUUCUUCCACUGGACUUUCGGAGUAACUGAGGCUGACUGCAUCGGAGCUGUUGAUGUGGACUCUGGGAAAUCCAUCCUUUUUGUUCCCAAACUGCCUGAAAGUUAUGCGACUUGGAUGGGAGAAAUCUUCCCUAAGGAGCAUUUCAAGAAUAAAUAUGCUGUUGAUGAGGUGCAUUACACCUCUGAGAUUGCGGAUGUCCUUUCCGGCCUGAGUCCAGCAGUUCUCCUGACACUGCGAGGACGUAACACAGACAGUGGGAGUGUCAGCCGUGAAGCCUCCUUUGAUGGAAUCAGUCGCUUCAGCGUGAACAACACUCUCUUACACCCCGUGAUCGUGGAAUGCCGUCUGCUUAAAACCGACAUGGAGCUGGAGGUUCUGCGCUACACAAACAGGAUCUCCAGUGAAGCUCACAAAAUGGUCAUGAAGCAGGUGAAACCCGGACAGAAGGAAUAUGAAAUGGAGAGCUUGUUCCAGCAUUACUGCUACACUAAAGGAGGGAUGCGUCACACCUCCUACAUCUGCAUCUGUGGAACGGGGCAUAAUAGCUCCGUGCUGCACUAUGGCCAUGCUGGAGCUCCUAAUGACAAAACCAUUAUCGACGGAGACAUGUGUCUGUUUGACAUGGGAGGAGAGUAUUACUGCUACUCUUCAGACAUCACCUGCUCCUUCCCAGCCAACGGCAAGUUCACAGAAGACCAGAAGGCCAUCUACGAGGCGGUGCUCAAGUCUUCCCGAACUGUCAUGGCUGCCAUCAAACCAGGUGUGAAGUGGACCGACAUGCACCGCCUGGCUGACCGGGUUCACCUGGAGGAGCUGGUGAGGAUCGGCAUCCUGAAGGGUAAUGUGGAUGACAUGAUGAAUGUCCACCUCGGAGCUGUCUUUAUGCCCCACGGUCUGGGACAUCUGCUGGGGAUCGAUGUGCAUGACGUAGGAGGCUACCCGGCGGGCGUGGCUCGUGUUGACGAGCCUGGACUGAGGAGUCUGCGGAUGGGCCGCCUGGUGCAGGAGAGGAUGGUCCUCACCGUGGAGCCUGGAAUAUACUUCAUCAACCACCUGUUGGACCAGGCGCUGGCUGACCCCGCCCAAAGCUGCUUCAUUUCCAAUGAAGUGCUCUCACGCUUCCGUGGCUUUGGAGGGGUCCGCAUCGAGGAUGACAUCGCAGUGACGGCUAAUGGUAUCGAGUUGCUGACCUGCGUCCCUCGCACCGUGGAGGAGAUCGAGGCUUUCAUGUCCGACAGUGAAAAAACCUUCAGCCCCGUUGUCGGCAGCAAGAAAUCCUAAACGCUGUCUCUCCAGGCUGUGGCACCGUGAUGUCACAGAAAACAAAUUCGCAUAACAAAAUCAGACACUCAUCAGAGGAAAUGACAUUAUUACUUCUCCUGUUAUUUCUAACAACAGAUACAUAAUCAUCUAAUGCAAUAGAAUCAACAGGUACUAUGUUGUAACACCUAAAGUGUUCAUUUCUGUGCCUUUUUCAUAAAUAAAUGCAAAUAUUUUUAAAACUGC